GGCCGCCGCAUAGCUACGUCAGUAGAGCCAGGCAGCUACAGCGCGCUGGCGUAUCGACUCUUGAUAUCUAUGCUAUGGCGCCACUCGUGGGCGAGGCUACGGAAGCUCGGCGAAGGGGCGAGUGUAGAGAAAAUGGCCUUCGUUGGAAAAGUUGCGUUCUUUUUCAGGAGUGCUGUCAGGGGCUCACGGCAUUUGCAAGGUUCAACAUGGCGCCCAGCUGUUAUCUGCGGCACAGUUUUCGCGACAGGGUUUUUAGGAUAUGCUUACCGAUAUGACGUGAACAGUAGACGUAUUCCUCUCGUUGUCGUUCACGCCGAAGAGCAAAAGUGGUCUGCUGCUCCCCAAAUGUCUGCCAGAAAGAGGCGUUUCAUCCAGUUUGCCUCAAUUGUAUAUAAAGAAGAGCCCUACAUGACGCCGAGAGACUUCCUCUUCUCGGUGAUGCUGGAGAAUGUCGAUCGAAAACUGCAGAAGAGAGUCCUCAAAACAAAUGAAAUUGAUCAGAUGUUGGUCGCUGCUUCCAAAGCUCGGCCUGGCAACAAUUUGUUCAGACUUUGGGGAGACAACGGUUUGAUAUCCUACACAGAAUACCUGUUCUUGCUGACUAUUCUGACAAAGCCACGGACAGGAUUCCGUAUAGCUUUCAAAAUGCUUGAUGUGGACGGAAACGAGCAUGUGGACAAAAGGGAGUUUAUGAAGCUCAAGAACAUUGGGAAAAGUAAAAUGAGAAUUUCAAAGGACAUCACAGAGAGAUCAGUUGAAGAAGGCGAGCAUGUGAACACGACGCUGCAGGCAUACUUCUUUGGAAAGAGUGGCCAAAACAAGUUGCAGUAUCAAGAAUUCCACAAGUUCAUGGAGGAUCUACAGGCUGAGGUUCAGGAGAUGGAGUUCCUGCAGUUCUCCAAAGGAAUGGACACCAUGCGACGUGAGGACUUUGCCGAGUGGCUGCUCCAUUACACCAACGAGGAAGACAAUGAGAUUUACUGGGAAAACAUGAGGAAGAGGAUCCCUGCUGGCCAGAGCAUCACAUUUGAGGAGUUCAAAGCCUUCUGCCUGUUCACAAACAAUCUGGAGGAUUUUGCUUUUUCCAUGAAGAUGAUCAGUGAAGCCAACCGUCCCAUAGGAAUGGCCCAGUUCAAGAGGGCCGUGAGGAUAGCCACAGGCCACGACCUGUCCGAGAACGUGUUGGACACUGUGUUUAAACUCUUCGACUUGGACGGGGACAACUGCCUGAGCCACAAGGAGUUCAUUGGAGUGAUGAAAGACAGAGUGCUGCGGGGGCUCAAGGUGCAUCCACAGAAUGGCUUCUCUGGCUACUGGAAGUGUGUGAAGCAGGAGACCCUGAAAGGAGCUCAGGAAGCACUUGGAAACGGCAGAUGUCCCAUCUGAGUGUGGAGUCGACCGAGGACACGUCUCAGCCCCACCGCCCGAGUGUUUGCAUCAUCAAUGGGACGCGCUGUCAAAAACAACUUGUAAAUCCACUGUAGUUGACAAAAGUCUGAAAGUUGCAAGAGUGAAAAUAUAGUGGUUUUUGAAUCACAAUUUCAUGACAUCAGCACCACAGUGACAAGUAAAGUAUUUUCAGCUCAAAAGGCGUGUGACAAUGGGUGUCCAGAAAGUAAAGGAUUUUGACCACAUCUGUACAAAUGUCUAAAAAUUGUGUGGGUAUUAGGUUGUGCAUUUUUUGUGUGUGCUCAAGCAGAACCUUUACAAAAAGGCUGUAAAAUUGUUUCCGGUUUUCUACAAUUUGGUACUGUGUGCACCUUUAUCUAUACAGUACUAUACUUUCAAGUCAUGCAAUAAAUCAAGCUAUUAAAUAUCCUUUUUGUUUUGAAUGAUUCGCCGUGGUAUUGGUUAUAAUUUUGCUGCACCUAAUAUUUUCAGGCACAUCUUUAAUUCCAUAGUGACUUUCAUCAUAACCACGUCCUAAUUUGAUUGCCACCAUAAAGUUAAUCAUGCUUAGUUCUGAUUGUGAGCAAUUCGCAUCGUGUUUAUUGCAGUUGUAGUUUUCAGUGGUGUAGAACUGUCCCGCAUCGUACUGUUCGGACAGAUGUUUAUUUUGAUUCAACCUCCCUUAAAAUAAUUUAGAACUACAUUUGAUAUUUUACUUGGAUUUUCUGUGAUAUACUAAGAUUGGUAUGAUCUAAAACAAUUGUGAUAAAAUUGCACACACACAAGCUAGAAAUCAAAAGGGGGAAAAUACUUUUUCAUGUCGCGGUAUAUAAUUUGAGCAAAUGAGUAUGCAGUGGUGUGGGUUUUGUUUGGUAUUUAUUGAAUAAAGUUUGUAAAAAAAAAAAAAAAAAAACUUUUCAUCUGAGCAUCUGUUGCACUUCUGAGACAGAAAUAAACAGUAAAAGA